AGGGAGUAUAUGUUUUUGUAUAUUUGCCUAGCAGCUGUAUUCAUUUUUGGCAGAUUGACCAAAUGUGUUAAAAGCCCUAUAUUAUAUAUGAGAUGCAAAUGAUUCUUGAUCCUAUUAGCUCAGAAGUUAUGUCUGUCUAGGAUUGAGAACUGUUGAGCAAUUUAAUUUUUUUUCUUGAUGUGAAACUGUAGCUCUGAUACUUUAAAAAAAGGAUUUCCUGAUUUGUCUGGAAAGAAAAAGUAUUGAGUAUUGGAAUGAUAUCGGUCUAAACUGUCGGAGAAUAGACUUUUCUUUAAUAACGGUGCUAUCUGGGCCAUAUUGCACACUUCGACUAUUCCACCGGAGAGAGUCAAUCUAAGUUCCCAGUGAUCAUCUGCAAAGUUGGUAACACUUCAUGAUGGUAGAGAUCAGUCCUAGCACGUCAACAGAUGCUGAUACAGAUGAUAAAAACUUGAGGUUUCUAAACUCUCAACCAGUGGCCAGUGUGACUUCUGAUGGAAGUGACAAACCAAGAGAUCAAAAGACGCUUCGCAGGCUUGCUCAGAAUCGUGAAGCUGCACGAAAGAGUCGUCUAAGGAAAAAGGCAUAUGUUCAACAGUUAGAGAGUAGUAGAAUGAAGCUGACACAGCUAGAGCAGGAGCUUCAACGAGCUCGGCAACAGGGCAUAUUUAUUUCAAGUUCAGGAGAUCAAUCACAGUCAAAGACUGGAAAUGGAGCUUUGACGUUUGAUGUAGAAUAUGCACGAUGGCUGGAAGAACACAACCGGCGUAUUACUGAGCUUAGGGGAGCUGUAAGUUCUCAUGCUGGUGAUGGCGAACUGCGUAUAAUCGUGGAUGGCAUCUUGGCGCACUAUGAUGACAUAUUCAGGAUUAAAGGUGAUGCUGCAAAGGCUGAUGUUUUUCAUAUAUUGUCAGGCAUGUGGAAAACUCCUGCAGAAAGAUGCUUCUUGUGGUUGGGUGGAUUCCGUUCAUCAGAACUUCUCAAGCUUCUCACUAAUCAGUUAGAGCCUUUAACUGAACAACAACUGUUAGCAAUCAACAACUUGCAAGAGUCAUCGCAACAGGCUGAAGAUGCUUUAUCCCAGGGAAUGGAGGCAUUACAGCAGUCAUUGGCUGAGACCUUGGCAGGGUCUCUUGGACCUUCAGGCUCCUCGGGGAAUGUUGCCAAUUACAUGGGUCAAAUGGCGAUGGCAAUGGGGAAGCUGGGAACACUUGAGGGCUUCAUUCGCCAGGCUGAUAACCUACGACAACAGACACUGCAGCAAAUGCAUCGCAUAUUGACAACUCGCCAAUCAGCUCGUGCUCUUCUUGCCAUCAGUGAUUAUUUCUCUCGACUUCGAGCACUUAGCUCUCUCUGGCUUGCCCGUCCCCGGGAGUAACAAGUAACACCAACUUUCUUCUAGUACUGUUCUGAAGAUUCUUGGUGACAUUUGUAAAUGAGAACUUCUUCCUGAAAAGCUGCUGGCUUCAAAGGAUUUCCUCGGUGGCGGGCCGUUACCGAUCCCAGCUUAGAUUUUGUUGCACUAUUUCCAGUCCAUGUUCGUUUGUUGUAAUGGUAAUUUCAUUUCUAGAGUUCUUCAAGCUUGUAUCAGUUUUCAUAAUAAUUUGGAUAGAUGUAAAUGAGAUCAAUUAGGUGUAAUGUAUCUUAGAAUAUUUCACAGUUGAAAGGAAAUAGACAGUGGCUGACUGACUCUC